GCGCCGCAUUUCCAGCAUUACUACAGUUGAAGGGCGCAGCGCGGAAUAGCAGCAGCCGCUUAUAGUGACGGUGCCGCUACAGUGGAGAGAAAAUGCUCAGAUUUCUGCCUAAAUUACUCCUGCUAGUGUUACUAGCCUUUCCUGCUACUCUUCUGGUGAAAGGCCCAUUAGUUGCUGCACAAGAUGCUACAGAAGAAGAAGAGGCAGCUGAUGAAGAUACUACUGAUGAUGUGAUUGCUGAGGAUGAGGACGAUGAAGCAGAGGUGGAAGAUGAUGAAAACACAGAAUUAACUGAAGAAAAGGAUGAAGAGGAAGAAGAAGAAGCUCUGGCAGGGGAGGUGAAGCCUUCCCCUAAUGCUGAUACAACUAUUCUGUUUGUAAAAGGAGAAGACUUUCCCGCCAACAACAUUGUGAAGUUUCUCCUGGGUUUCACCAACAAAGGCAGUGAAAAUUUUGUGGUGGAGUCUUUGGAUGCUUCUUUCCGCUACCCUCAGGAUUUCCAGUUUUACAUUCAGAAUUUCACUGCGCUCCAGUUGGGCUUGGUCGUACCUCCGCAGCGCCAGGCCACAUUUGAAUACUCCUUUAUCCCUGCUGAGCCGAUGGGUGGACGGCCCUUUGGUCUGGUUAUUAACCUGAACUACAAAGACAGCAAUGGCAAUGUUUUCCAGGAUGCAGUAUUUAACCAGACUGUCACCAUCACAGAGAAAGAAGAUGGACUGGAUGGAGAAACGAUUUUCAUGUAUGUGUUCCUCUCGGGACUUGGACUGUUGGUUGUAGUUGGCCUGCAUCAGCUACUGGAAUCCAGAAAGAGGAGGAGACCUGCAGCCAAAGUGGAGAUGGGGACAUCCAACCAUAAUGAUGUGGACAUGAGUUGGAUUCCUCAGGAGACGCUUAAUCAAAUUAUGCAGAGUCGGCGAGAUAAGGCUUCCCCCAGAAGAUCACCUCGUAAGAGGACACAGAAGCGUUCAGCUGGAUCAGAUGAGUGAAUACAGUCUUAACACUGUGGCUCUUGGCCGUAUGUUGUACUGAGCUCAGUCUGCUGAGGGCAAGUAGCCCUGUUCAUUUUUCAACUUUUUUUUUUUUUUUGGACUGGUCCAAAACAUGCAUACAUCCUGUUCAUACUGUCCUUUUUUAUAAAGAAAUUGGGUAACAAAUGAGCAUAAACUAUCAAAACGGAGCAAAACUAUUUUUGUUUGUUAUUGGGCAACUCUGCUUCUUGCCUGUGGAUACAUUUAGAGGUAUAAUGAUAUUUUCUGAUAUUUUGGCACUGAUUCUCUUUCUGCACACACUCACACACUUGCUCAAUUGGGUUUAGCCCAGUGAUGGUUGAUGGCUAGCGGAUUCUGCCACAGUUUUAAGUGCACUGCAUUUUUUUUUGUUUGUUUGUUUUUGGUUUGUUUAUCUCUGUUUAUGUUGCAGUUUUUCUUAUGGAGGAUUGAUUAUUGACUGUAUGAAAUCAAACUGUAUUAAUGAAUUCUCAGAAUGUGCCUGCUUUGUUCUUUUUCUUCUGGUUUUCUUUUUUUUGUAUCAGCUCUCAUCGCCAUGCUCAGUUUACAAAUGUGUUUUCAGGAUUUUAAAUCUUUUCAGAAUUAGCGAAAGCACUGGUGUAUAUACUGGGUAGUGCUUGGGAGGGGGGAAGCUACAAUUAAUUUAUUUCUUGUUUCUGCCAGGCCUGUGAUUUUUAUACUGUAUCUUCUGGCAUGAAUUUGGAUGCCCAUGCUUAGUACUUGUGUGCUUUUAAAGCGUAGUACACUACUGUACCCAGAUGGGCCUUUGUCUUUACAAUAUUGUGGGUUUUGCCAGCCCAUGAUUAAUCAGCAGUUAAUGCUUUGUACUUAGUUGUACAUGUUUUUUAGUAGGUGUAUUUGCUUUAUUGGCUGAUAACUUUCCUACUAAUGUUUUUAGAGUUGACUGAUGUCUUUACAAAUUGUUUAUUAUGGAGAAAAGCUGUCUGAUCUGUCAUCAGAAAGUUCACAAUAUAUAAUUUAUCAUAGCUUUCUCUCAUUGGGCUGUUUAAUCUGCUCAACUACUUUGCAAAGACUCAAAGCUUCUGUUCCUCGCCCCUUUUUUUUCUUGGAACAAGGUGAGAGUGGGAAGAUUAGACAUUUUUUCUUGAAGCAGGUACUGAGGCUCAAAUAUUGGAGGCAAUUGUGGGUUUAUAUGGAAAAAUAAAAAUAUGGAAAACAGUAUGAA